AGCGAGCAACACACUCACAAUAUCAAAUUACAAGUAAACGACACGGUGGCGGGGGACGACGCGAAGAUCGACGAGUAACAACACCACGGAAGAUGACGACAAAUUGACGCCGCAGUGCACGCUGCAAUCACGCGCGACCCGAUGCAGACGCGACGCGGACGUCAGCUUCGUACGAGUGUGCGAAUGAACGCGGCGUAUAAACUGUCCGGCUGGCACAGUGGCUCGUGCGAGUCUGCCGUCUACGACGCGACGCGGUCGGCGCGCGUCGAUCUCUCAAACGCCGCGCUGCGUCGCGCGCAACUUCGUGCAAGUUAGCCGACGAAUCAACGCUUUCUGUGGCCGCCAAUUUUCGCAGUCACCUUCUAACCGCGGAUGUUUCGCAGUCACCUUUGAUAGUUUUGAACAAAACCGAAAGAGAUUAUUAAUCACUGUUAUGAGUGCUGCAUCGAGAGAGAGAGAGAGAUAAAUCAACAGAAUCGAUGCAUUGUUCAAUAUAUCAAACGACGUGGAAGCUUGAAACUUCCGUAUGUACUAACCUAACCUCGAACUUCUGCGGACGUAAGCGAAAAGCAGCCAGGAGAUUAAUAACCCAAGGAUUAAGACUCGUUAUUUCCCUUCUUUCGAAAACUGCAGCGAUGCGCAAAGUAGCGUUGAAAUUAAAAAGAGUCAAUUAAAGAAUCCAUCGCAAGGUUAAACGAGAAAGAAGCAGUCUACGAUUAAAGGCCUGAAAGUUUCCUAUUUUCCACCGGGAAACUCGGCGGCGGAAGCAAACCGAGCGCCACCCCUGUCUAUUGAUCGGUCACCGGUUCCGCUCAACAUGGCGCCGGGGGUGGCGUACGCGCUCAGCCUGGUUCUCGUCGUCAGCCACCUCCAGGAAGGGCCCGGAUCCCUCGCGAAGACCUUCACAUUUCCCGAGUAUCCGUACAAGGAGACCACCAAGAAUGAGCUUCUCUUUAGACAAUUCGAGCAGGCUUGCGAGGAGAGCGGCGCUUGCAAAAUGCUGUCACAACACAGCGGCGUUGCGAAAACACGAUGCAUCCGAGAAUGCGUGUCGCCGUCCUGCUACAAGGAGAUCUACUUAUUCGAUCAGUUGGAGGAGGGUGAGAUUGACGUGAGAUUAAAUUCCUUCAAGGGUUGCUUCAUGCAGCGAAACGGUCGACCGCGGAAAUAAAAAGGACGGAGAGAUA